AUGUCUAAGAUCAACACCAUCCUCCUCGACUGCGACAACACGCUUGUCCUGUCUGAGGAACUCGCCUUCGAGGGCUGCGCAGACCUGAUCAAUGAGAUCGCCGCGACCAAGAAGAUCCCCCUCGACCAGCCCUUCACGGGCGAGUCGCUCAUCAUCGAGUUCGUCGGCCAGAACUUCCGCGGCAUGAUGGUGUCGCUGCAGAAGCGCUUCGGCUUCACCAUGACCGACGACGAGCUGAACGAGUACGUGCGCCGCGAGGAGGACGUCGUCAUCGCCAAGCUCGAGGAGAAGCUCGUGUCGUGCCCCGGCGCCGACGACGUGCUCGCCAAGCUGGCCGCCUCGGGCAAGUACAAGCUCGCCGUCGUCAGCAGUUCCGCCCUGCGCCGCGUCAAGGCCAGCGUCGACAAGGUCGGCCAGUCCAAGUACUUUGGCGGCGACAUCUACUCCGCCGCCACCAGCCUGCCCAAGCCCACCAGCAAGCCCGACCCGGCCAUCUACCUGCACGCCAUGGAGAAGCUCGGCAAGAAGGCCGAGGAGUGCGUGGCUGUUGAGGACAGCAAGAGCGGGACCCUCAGCGGUGCGCGCGCCGGCCUCAAGGUCAUUGGCUACGUCGGGCCUUACAAGGAGGCCGAGAGGGAGAAGAUGGUCAAGGUCUUGACUGAGGCCGGUGCCGUCAUCAUUAUGGAGGACUGGAGCGAGUUCGAGGAGUGCUUGGCCAAGGUCGAGCGUGGAGAGGUUUAG